AUAGAUUAUGAAAAAUUGAUCCAGUUAUUAACACUCCAGGCAUCGAGCCAAAUGCAACAUAUACUUCCUGAGAAGAAUCAAAAUAAAAAGAAUCCAAGCUCUUGGACACCAGAAAAUACAUUUCUGGCACUGAAGCAGAUACUAAAAGAACACAAUGGACAGCUGGAUUUUGAAAAAUUAACACAGAGUUUUCUGCAAGAAGACCAGAUUUGCUCAGGCCUUUUUUCAUUUUCUGAGGUAGAGAAUAUUUGCCAAAAACACGGACUAAUUCUACAUCCUGGGAUGAUGGAAACUUUGGCCAAUUUAUGUGACUUUGGUAGAAGAGGCAGAAUGCAAUGGAAACCAUUUGUAGAGUUGCUGAAGAAAGUCCAAACUGGAAUGAACCCUGCUUUGCUUGUUUGUAAAAGAAGAAAUGAGGAGAAAGCUGAAGAUAAUUCUCAGAUUAAAGAACCGUAUAAACUUCAAACUGCUAAUCCAUGGAAUUCAUAUGAUGUCAGUGACUCUGAAGCCCAAGAGGCCUGGAUAGACCGGUUCAGAAAAAUGGAGAAAGCCCUUUAUUUAUCUGAUGUCAAAAACACAGGCAAGCUGGAAAAAGAAAAAGCCAAGCGUUUGAUUCAUAACUACAAUCAAAUUUAUGACCUGUGCCUCAGUCCUCUAAAAAUUGAUAAAGCAUUUCGGCCUUUUCAUUAUCACCAAGACAUGCCACUGGAACCCUUACUACAAUAUUUAAAGGAGCUGUAA